GUUUUAUCAUCACUGUGUGCAAACAUGCCUCGAGAGAUAAUCACCAUCCAGGCCGGUCAGUGUGGAAAUGCGAUAGGGUCGAGGUUUUGGCAGCAACUAUGUCAAGAACACGGUAUCAGCCGCGAUGGGAACCUCGAAGAGUUUGCGACCGAGGGCGGUGACCGCAAGGACGUCUUCUUCUACCAGAGCGACGACACUCGAUAUAUCCCUCGUGCGAUCCUCAUAGACCUGGAACCCCGCGUCAUCAACAGCAUCCAGCAAGGGCCUUACAAGAACAUUUACAACCCGGAGAAUUUCUUCGUGGGCGAACAUGGCAUGGGCGCAGGCAACAACUGGGCGGCGGGCUACGCGGCGGGCGAGAGAGUACAAGAAGAGAUAUUUGACAUGAUUGACCGAGAGGCCGAUGGGAGCGACUCGCUCGAGGGUUUCAUGCUGCUUCAUUCCAUUGCUGGUGGCACUGGUUCGGGCUUGGGUUCAUAUCUGCUGGAACGCAUGAACGAUCGAUUCCCCAAGAAGAUCAUUCAGACGUACUCGGUCUUCCCAGACACGGCCAUUGGCGAUGUCGUUGUCAACCCUUACAAUAGUCUACUCACGAUGCGCCGCCUGACCCAGAAUGCCGACUCAGUGGUGGUGCUGGACAAUGGCGCGUUGUCAAGGAUAGCAUCCGAAAGACUACACGUGCCAGAACCCUCGUUUCAGCAGACGAACCAACUAGUCUCGACCGUCAUGUCGGCCUCAACCACCACGCUGAGAUAUCCCGGCUACAUGCACAACGACCUCGUGGGCAUCAUUGCCUCGCUCAUCCCCACGCCGCGUUGUCACUUCCUCAUGACCGCAUACACCCCUUUUACUGGCGACAAUGCGGAAGCUGCGGCAACUGUGCGAAAAACUACCGUCCUCGACGUCAUGCGUCGUCUGCUCCAGCCCAAAAAUCGAAUGGUGUCCAUCAACCCGUCCAAGUCGUCCUGCUACAUGUCCAUUCUCAACAUCAUUCAGGGUGAAGCAGACCCCACGGACGUGCACAAGUCUCUGUUGCGGAUUCGCGAGCGACGCAUGGCAAACUUCAUCCCCUGGGGUCCGGCCUCGAUUCAAGUCGCUCUGACCAAGAAAUCACCGUAUUUGCAAAACACCCAUCGUGUUUCGGGGCUUAUGCUCGCAAAUCACACCAGCGUCUCGACACUGUUCCGACGCAUCGUCGUACAGUACGACAAGAUGAGGAAGCGCAACGCCUAUCUCGAGCAGUAUAAAAAGGAAGCGCCGUUUGCCGAAGGGCUGGGGGAGUUCGACGAGGCCAAAGAAGUGGUCAUGGGCUUAAUAGGGGAGUACGAAGCUGCGGAGAAAGACGAUUAUCUGGACCCCGAUGCUGGCGAGAAGAGGGCUGAUGGAUCGUGAGGAGCUGGAAUUACCAAUGAGUGCGUAGCGAUACGGCUACGUAGCAUCUCAAUACCAGAUCACAAAUCUCCUCAAACAGCGGAAUCGACACCCAACUCAUAUGAUUUACGCAAUGCUCAUACGACGAUUACGAUAUUCAUGGACUGGAUGUGUAACUGGGGACAGCAGUGCUGCUUCCUCUCUUUCCUGACACUACACGCUUUGACCUGAGUGGGCCGCAAGCCUCGGUUCAGGAAACAAAGGCUGACUCGAGGUAUAUGGCGGCUAAAACACCGCGAAUUUCGUAUUCAUUCGACGACGGGCGGGUAACGCUGGAGAGGAUAACCACGACACCACGACACUUGUUUGAGCGCCGCCACGGUGCAUCCAACCAACAAAAAGGAAGACUCGAAGGACAGUGGCCCAAGAAGGAUAUUGGAAGCUAGCAGGUGCACAUGAAGAGUGCAUUUGCACCCGUCCCCCAUCGAGGACAAGUAUGGCUAUGCGAGAAACCACUCGAACAGGGAUCUCGAAGUUCUGUGAACAUAACCUCCUGGGUACCGGGUAGCGUGUAAGACAGUCCAGGUUGCCAGAGUCGAUGCAAAACAUAUCGUCAGCCUGAGAGGAUGAGGUCCCUCAUGG